AUGGUUGAAGUGAAGAUAACAGACGACGUCAAAAUAGGCGGCAACAAUCCAUGUUUCAUUAUAGCGGAAGUCGGACAAAACCACCAAGGUGACAUCGAAAUAGCAAAAAAGCUUAUAAAAGCGGCAAAGGAUGCUGGGGCCAGCUGUGUUAAAUUUCAAAAGACAUGCCUCAAAGAGAAAUUCACAAAGAAAUAUUUAGAACGACCAUAUAAGAAUCCUAAUUCUUGGGGUGAAACGUAUGGCGAUCACAAAAAGCACUUGGAAUUUUCCGAAACUCAAUACAGGGAGUUGUUCAAAUACGCUCACGAAGUGGGCAUAUUAUGCACUGCAUCAGCCAUGGAUAUGGUAUCAUUUGAUUUCUUAGUCAACAUGAAAGUGCCGUUCGUUAAGAUUGGAUCAGGUGACUCGAACAACCUGUUGUUCCUGAAGUACGCCGCAUCAAAGAACAUUCCUCUCAUUAUUUCAACCGGUAUGGUUGACAAGACUGCCGUUAAAACAAUAUAUGACAUUGUAUCUGCUCAACAUAAGCGGUUUUGUUUACUGCAUUGUAUUUCGGCAUAUCCUGUACCAUAUGAAGACUGUAAUCUGACUGUGAUACAAGACUAUAAGAAAACGUUUGACAUUCCGAUCGGAUAUUCUGGACAAGAAGUUGGUACGGCUGUAGGAUUAGCCUCCGUCGCAUUAGGAGCUAAGAUAUUAGAGAAGCAUAUCACCCUGGACAAAACAAUGAAAGGCACGGAUCAUGUAUGUUCGCUAACGCCGGCAGAGUUCAAGCAACUUGUGCGCGACGUUCGUGUUAUCGAAGCCGGCCUCGGGACGCCCAUCAAGAAGGUCGUCACUUCAGAAAUACCUUGUAUCGAUAAACUUCAAAAGUCACUAGUAAUGGGCUGUACUAAAAAUAAAGGCGAGAUCCUAUAUCCAGGCGACGUGAAGAUCAAAGUGGCAGAACCCAAGGGUUUAAAUGCACUUCACUUUGAAGAUGUCAUAUACAAAACCCUUGUGUACGACAAGAAGGAAGACGAACCGCUCAAUGAUGGAGACUUCUGCUAA